AUGCUGCCGUCAGUGGCACACCAGCCUCUCCAGUUCCUCCCGCACCGCCAUACUCAGUCCGUUUACUCAACCAAUACUCCUUACGACCUCCACGGACAAGGCAUACAUUCUUUCCAGGAUGACUUCCAAUUCUCACAAUACGCCAACCACGGGCCAUCCUCUUUGAUCAGAGGGAGCAGGACGCAUUGCCCACGACCAAUCCAGCGGCCUGAGGUACACAACCUGCCAGAUGGCCGAUUACCCGCCGGUUCUGCCUCGCAAGAGAAUACGUUACGACGGAAAACACCCAAUGGUACUCUUGCUGCCGGCUACGAUGCUACUCCUGGAGAUAGGUCUAUCCAGCAGCCUGCUACUAAACACAUUCUCGUCUCCUCGCUUGAUAAUAGCCAGAUAAUGCCCCAGCCUGGCCUCUCCCUCGAUCCUCUACAGCAAUUCAAGACUGUCGAACCGCUACCUCUUUCUCAGCACCAAAAUUUUCCUCCCGCGUUCAAGCAAGAUGCAAAUAGAAUAAAUACUGUGCACAACGGUAUACCACAAGAAUUUCCAAACACUAACUGGAUUAGAUCUCUAAAUCCCCCCCAAGGAGGCAUCGACUCGGUUUUAAAUCAGACCUCCAGCUUAACUGCAGGUCAGAGGUAUAACUAUUGGCAGAACCUGCCCACAGUUCCCACAGUGCUUGCGUCCUCUUUUCAACCUGGCCUCGGGGGACCUGAGUCGGCCGCUGCAGCGCAGUAUGGCCAAUACUGGCCUGACGGGCCAUACAUGCCCCCGUACCGACCUACCACUUUUGGAGAUACGAGAUAUCAAUCUACCCCGUCAUUAGGACAACACUCGCUGCCCACCAACAACCGGCUCGCAGACGCUCAAUCACUUUUUAACAGACAAUCUCUCCCCCCUUCCGAAUUUCUUGCACCAGGUUUCUCUUGGAACCCACUCCCGGCCCAGUCAACUAUAAACGCCCAACAGCAACAUCAAGUAUAUGCUCACGACCUCUCAAGACCUCAACAACAUUAUGCUCCCGGUCAUAUCCCUCAAAAGGCGCCCGAUCAAAUCUGGGAUCAACCCCAGUUACAGUAUGGGUCAUCACUCCCUUCAAAACAUGACGUACAUCAUUUAGAUUCGGUUGAUUCUCUACGUUGGCAACAAACUUCACAGAAUGGCCUGCAUCCAUCCGCAUCUAACGUUACCAGGUCACCGAGAAACCCAGAGUUCAAAGAGAAGACGCUCUCAUGGGCUCAUAGCGUUUACGUCGAUCUUCUUGCAUCGUUGCAUAAUGCCAGGAAGAAAGCCAGUCAGGGUGCAGAUUCCCAUUCUCGCGAGCCUCUUAAACCCAGCAUAUACCCUAAGCCUCCAAGGCAGCCAACCUCCGACUUCUCACAUUCCGAAAACAUGGCCAGAAAAUCCAGGAAUCACGAUCCACAAGUCCAGGCCAUGAACAUGCACCCGCAACGAAGCCAUUCCAUUCAUUUAGAUCAAACCGUGGGUGGGUUUUUCGACACAAAGAGACACCCUGCCCACAGGCAAUUUCCAUCCAUUGAUGAUUCCGCUCAGUUGAGGCAUCUAAAUCAGUCCUUUAAUCAUGGAAUGUCGUCUGAUAUGUCGAUGAAUGGAUAUCGGACGAUCCGACGUAGCCAUGGCGCUUCGAUGUCUCGUAUGUUCAGCCCUGCUCACGAAGCAAUGUCAAUAUCCGAAAAGGCGGUUUCUGCUUUGGAAAUGCUUGGUAGUCUCUGCAAAGAGAGUGGCUGGACAUGGAUCGAUGGAAUGCUCGUUGGUGGCUGCCUUGCCUACGGUCUAGGUGACUAUAACAGAGCUAUGCGUUGGUAUAACCGGGUUAUAAACCAAGAUUCCACGCACGUUGAGGCAAUAUCCAAUCUCGCUGCCUCGCUUCUUGCUUUGGAGCGUCGAGAAGAAGCUCUUCAGCACUGGCUGCGAGCUAUAAAAUUACGUCCAAGCUACUUUGAUGCUGUCGAGCAUCUCAUCGGGUUGUUAUGCAGCAGUCAGCGAGGGAAAGAAGCUGUCAACAUCGUUCAAUAUGUCGAAAAUUCUUUAAGAUUACCACCAAGCGGUGACUAUUUCAAGUCGAAUCGUGCAUGUGAUCAGUCCGAUACGGAAUCAGAAGACAGGGAGUCCAGCGUAUCGACCACAGAAUCUGCCGACAAAAUGGCAUUUGACUACACUGACAGCAUCCAGAGCCCAUUGGCAUUUGCUCGUCGCGGGUCUGACCAAUCUACCCCUGGCUUUGGAUCGAGUGGUUAUGCUAUCCCUGGGGCUGAUAAUGGCAGAAUCCUUGGUCUUAUACAUGCCAAAGGAAACAUGCUGUAUGCUCUGGGUGAUAAUGUGGCCGCUGCUGGAGCUUUUGAGGAGGCAAUCCUCAUUAGCACAGGCAAACGACGAGGAAUGAAGAGCCUUAUCCGCCAUAUCCUUUCGUCUUUUGCUGAUGAUAACAGGCGCGGCAUUCCUACUUGCCGGCCAUAUGAUCCCAAGGAAACCGUACUGCUAUUUCCAGACAAGGCACUGCAAACGGCAAAGUUAGUAUUCCACCCGCAUGGCAUAUUGCCUGGCCUUCAAUUUCUCCCAGAUGGUCUGGCCAAAAGGGCUGCAAUUUCUACAACCAGCAACUCGCUACUUUCGCUGGCCAAGAUAUACCAGGAUGGCAUGGCGUCGACAUCUUCAAAUGGAACCCUGAGGAGCACACCAGGCGUUCGAGAUAUUCUUGCUUUAUACUAUCUGUCGCUGUCGCUACAACCCAGCCCGUCAACAGCAAAUAACGUCGGGAUCCUCCUCGCAGGAAUUCAAGGAACGUCUGCUAAAUCCGUUCGCACGGCUGGCGAAUAUCAAAUUCCAGAUAUUCCCGGUGUCACUCCUGGCAGUGGCAUUGCACUUGCUUUGGCUUAUUACAACUAUGGCCUAACCCUUGACUCAAGACACGCUCAUCUCUACACCAACCUAGGGAGCCUUCUCAAGGAUAUCGGCCAGUUGUCUGUUGCUAUUAAAAUGUACGAAUUGGCUGUCCAAUGUGACAAUAAGUUUGAUAUUGCACUAGCAAACCUCGCAAAUGCUGUAAAGGAUUCUGGCAGAAUCAACGAUGCCAUCGGAUACUAUCGGCGAGCUGUGAAUGCUAACCCAGAUUUUGCCGAGGCAGUAUGUGGCCUAGCAAAUGCAUUGAAUUCUGUGUGCAACUGGGGAGGUAGAGGAGGCAUCUCUCCUGGUCGUGGAAUCAGGGAUUUGUGGCACGUCGAUGAUCAAGGCCGGCUACGUGAUGCAAAGGAGAUGACAGCUGAUACGGGAUGGAUCAAACGAGUUGUUGAUAUAGUUGACAAACAACUGAAGGAUGGUGAACUUUGGGGCUGUGGCACUCUUCAGAACCUAACCCCUGACCAAUUGUGCUCGGCCCUGAUGUCUCCAUCCAGCAAUACCACGGAUGCAAUGAGCAGACGAACAACACUCAAUUCCUUGCUACGUUCCUGGUCAGGGAAAAGGUGGGAAGGAUCCCGGACUGUACGACUGAUAGAACGAAUGGUGAAGUAUAUUGGCUGGCAAUGGUAUCAAGAUCGAUAUGUGCAUCGCAGAGAAUACCCGGCUUCGAGGUAUGCACGUCCUAAUUUUCCAGGGGCACUCACCCCACCCAGUGCACCAACUGUCUUACCAUUCCAUACAUUUACUUGCCCAUUAUCUGCGAAGCAAAUUCGCCAUAUCUCUCAGCGCAACGGGUUGCGUAUUUCUUGUUCCACACUUCGUUCCCCAUGGCUUCCUGCUACGGUAUAUCCACCUCCAGCUCCGCCGAAUCCGCAAAUCAUAGUUGGUUAUGUCUCGUCCGACUUCAACAAUCACCCUCUGGCUCACCUUAUGCAGUCUGUUUUUGGCCUUCAUAAUCCAAGUCGUGUAAAAGCGAUUUGUUAUGCAACCACAGCCAGUGAUAACUCCAUUCACCGUCAACAAAUCCAACGGGAAGCUCCUGUUUUCCGUGAUGUUAGCAGUUGGUCUGUUGAUCGACUGGUGGAUCAAAUUGUCAGAGAUGGUGUUCAUAUUCUCGUCAACCUAAAUGGUUAUACACGUGGUGCUCGUAACGAGGUGUUUGCAGCUCGACCUGCACCUAUACAUAUGUCCUUCAUGGGAUUUGCUGGGUCAUUGGGUGCCGAAUGGUCCGACUACAUUCUAGCCGAUGAACUCUCUAUUCCACCUAGUACUCUGGCCCCUCGAGGACAAUCCGCAAGGAUAGAAGAUCGACUGUAUGAUGUGGAUCACAACGAAGAUGCAGAUGACUGGAUAUAUAGUGAGAAAAUUGUGUAUACCAAACACACCUUUUUCUGCUGUGAUCACAGGCAAAGUGCACCAGAUGCACGCGCGCCCAAGUUGACAUGGGAAGAGGAGCAAGCAAAUAGGUGGAAGAUGCGCAAGGAGCUGUUUCCCGACCUCAAGGAUGAUACAGUGAUUCUUGGUAACUUUAAUCAGCUGUACAAGAUCGAGCCAACAACGUUCCGUACAUGGCUAAGGAUUUUAGCCGGUAUUCCUAAUGCUAUACUCUGGCUCCUCCGCUUCCCUGACGUUGGCGAGCACAAUCUCCGACAAACAGCAAAAGCCUGGGCUGGCGAAGCAACUGCAUCAAGGAUCGUAUUCACCGAUGUUGCACCAAAACACACACACAUUUCUCGUGCUCGCAUCUGCGAUCUCUUCUUGGACACGCCAGAAUGUAAUGCUCACACCACCGCGGCUGACGUCCUUUGGAGUGGCACACCACUCCUCACGUUUCCACGAUACAAAUACAAGAUGUGCUCUCGCAUGGCAUCUAGUAUUUUAACAAGUGCGCUUCCGCAGACGGAAGAUGGCAAACAAGCUGCGAGACAGUUGAUUUCUUCUGACGAGGUUGAAUAUGAAAAAACUGCAAUUGAGCUGGGUUUGGGGAUGAAGUACGAACCUGGUAGUAACCAAGGCAAUGCAAGUGGACGAUUGUUUGAACUUCGGAAAAUGCUUUACUUGAAUCGGUGGCAAAGUAAACUGUUUGAUACCCGAAGAUGGGUCAAUGAUUUGGAAGAGGCGUACGAGAAGGUUUGGGCGAACUGGGUUCAAGGAGAAGAGAAAGAUAUAUGGCUAUGA